AUGACAACAGUUGACGAUAAUAUCGAGACAUUCAGUCUGAUCUGGCUUGAUGCAGCAGUUAACUCAUCAAAGGAAAACAUUCAGGCUCAACCAGAUCUUCGUGCAAUAAUUAAUUAUCUCAAAGUAUUUGAAAAUGUUGAAAAGUGCGAAAAAUACAUUCGAAAGUCUCACGAGUCUGAUCGAAUUGUGCUCAUCGUCAGUGGCGGCUUGGGACAAGAAAUAGUACCUCGAAUUCAUAAACUUCGACAACUUUGUGUCAUCUAUAUCUACUGUAUGAACAAGAAGAAAAAUAAGAAAUGGGCUAGUCAAUAUUCAAAAAUCAAAUUAAUAACUACAGAUCUCGAUGAUCUCAUUCAUCAAAUUGAAAAAGAUCACGUCAAGACGAAAAAAGUUGAAGAGCAAUUCGGAAUCACCUUCUUGGAACGCGAUUCAGUAGCAGAUCGAUCGUCAUUCGGUCUCAAUGGACAAUAUCUUCAAUUUCAACUAUUGAUGGAUUCUCUUCUUCGUAUACAAGCUACUGAAGAAGAUAAGAAAGAACUAAUUUCGAUCUGUAAAACAAAAUACAAAGACAACAAAAAAGAACUUGAUAAUGUUCAUGAAUUUAAGAAUAAUUAUAAACCUGAUAAAGCCUUAUGGUGGUAUACGCGGGAAUCGUUUCUAUAUCGAAUGUUGAACAAAGCCUUACGCGUACAAGAUACCGAGCUGCUUUAUCUUUUGCGAUUCUUCAUCUUCGAUCUUUGCAAAGCAAUUGAAAAGCAUCGAUGUUCAACACCCAUUUGCACUUACCGAUCUCAGUCAAUAUCGGAGGAUGAAUUUCGUGGAUUAUCAAAUUCAAUCGGAAAAUUGAUUUCGAUGAGCUCAUUUUUCUCAACCAGUCUAGAUCCAAACAAGGCCCUCGACUUUGCCGAUCCUGCGGAUGACCUGCGACAAAUUUUCUUUGAAAUUGAUGCUGAUCCUCGAAUUCACGGCGUCCAACCGUUUGCUGAGGUCGCUGUACAUAGUGCUCAUCCGGAAGAAAGAGAAGUGCUCAUGACAGUCGGAUCCAUCUAUCGCAUUCUUGAUGUUAGUCGUGGUGAUGGUAAAGUUUGGACGAUCAAAAUGCGAUUGUGCAGCGAAGAUGAAAAUAAUAUGCGAAGGACUUUAGAACACAUGAUAAGGGAGAAUCUUGUCGAAGGUUACGAACAGAGACGUCUCUUGUUCGCCACGCGGUUGAUGAACAUGAAUAAACUCGACGAAGCCGAAAAACAUCUUAUUCAUUUGUACGACACACUGCCUCGUGAUCAUAAAGAUAUUGUACUUUUGUAUUCUAAACUCGGAGAUCUCGCAUUCGAAAAGGACGAUCUCGCAACAAGUCUUAAAUGGCAUCAAAAAGCAUUAAAGCGAAAAAAUGAAACGUUAAAGCCGAAUGAUACUAAUCUUGCCGAUAGUUACAACAGUAUUGGAAAUGUAUAUGCAAAACAAAACGCUUAUCCAGAUGCACAUAAGUCCUAUAACAAAGCUAUGGAGAUCUGGAAGAGAGCGUUUGGUGAAGACCACUUGGCCAUUGCCUCGUAUCUCACUAACAUAGGUAAUGUCUUCAACCAAGAGAAACGAUACUCUGAAGCACUUCAAUGCCAUAAUAAAGCGUUGAUGAUUCGUAAAAAAUUUCGUCCUUCUGAUCACCCAGACAUGGCUGCAUCAUUGAAUAAUCUGGGCCUUGUCUACAAGUGCAAUGGUCGUCUGCAAGAAGCGUUGAAAUAUUUCGAACAAUCGCUUGUGAUUAAAGAAAAGUCUCUUUCAUUCCAGCAUCCAUCAAUUGGGUCAACAUGGGAGAACAUGGCCUCCGUGUUUGAACAGAGCCAGGAGUUGCACAAAGCACUAAUUUAUUACAAAAAAACGGCUGAAUGUUAUCGUCUCAGACUUGGACCCACCAAUCGAAGAUUUGUUAAUGUUGAACAAAGUAUUCGAAAUGUUGAAUCUAAACUGAAAAAAAAGUAG